AUGGUGUUCACCUUCGCACCAUUCUGCUACAUGCUCACCCUGGUGCUGUGCGCCUCCCUCAUCUUCUUUGUCAUCUGGCACAUCGUAGCCUUUGAUGAGCUGCGGACUGACUUCAAGAACCCCAUCGACCAGGGGAACCCAGCGCGUGCACGUUUGAAAAACAUCGAACGCAUCUGCUGCCUCCUGAGGAAGCUGGUGGUCCCGGAAUAUUCCAUCCACGGCCUCUUCUGUCUGAUGUUUCUGUGUGCAGCAGAGUGGGAGACCCUGGGCCUCAGCAUCCCCCUCCUCUUCUACCACCUCUGGAGGUACGUCCACCGUCCUGCGGAUGGCUCUGAGGUCAUGUAUGAUGCGGUCUCUAUCAUGAAUGCAGACAUCCUCAACUACUGCCAGGAGUCCUGGUGCAAACUCGCCUUCUACCUGCUCUCCUUCUUCUAUUACCUGUACAGUAUGGUUUAUACGUCGGUGAACUUCUAAGGGGGAAGCCGGCCAGGGAGCAAGCCCAGA